AUGGCGUCCGAUAAUCGCACAUUAAAUCCAAAGGCUUCGCAAGAGACGUUAAUAUCUCUGCUCCAGCUAGAUCCUUCGCCUAUAGACAAUGCAUCCCUCUAUGAUAAGGACCUUCCACCUUUACCUGAGGAAGAUCAAGAGUCUUCAAGUUAUAGUACGAGACAUACACCAACCAGUUCAACUUCUACAUUAGGUCUCAGCGGUAGUGGUCGUGGCCCGAUAUAUUAUUUAUCACGAAUUCAACGAUAUUCUUCCUAUACAUUUUCCUUCUUCGCUGGUCUUCAUGUCGCCAACACCGCCGUAUUCCCACUGGUUUACCAAUCUGUUCCUUACUCCGAGCCCUUUCUUCUUAUGGCUCGUGAGCUUUAUCAGACCCCUUUCACCGAGCCUCUACUAGUCGCCCUCCCCGUCGUUGCCCAUGUCACAUCAGGUAUUGCCAUACGCCUACUGCGCCGACGCCAAAACCUAAAACGGUACGGUGGCGAGACCCCGGGUAUGUGGGCUUUACAUCACUCGAAGUCACCCAACCCGAAGCACAGUAUUAAGAUAUGGCCUCCCUUAACUUAUAUUUCGGUUUCUGGGUAUAUCUUCGUUGGGCUUCUUGCCUCGCACGUAGGGAUGAACCGUAUAUUACCUCUCGUCAUUGAUGGUGAUAGCUCCAACAUUGGGCUGCAGUUUGUAUCGCAUGGCUUCGCUCGAUAUCCGCUACCGCCCUGGAUAGCAUAUUCGCUACUACUAUCAGUCGGAGUAGGCCAUAUGGUUUGGGGCUGGGCUAAGUGGCUAAAUCUCACGCCGCCUGCUAACUGGAAGAAGAUAACUUUUGAUAAGCAGCUACGAAAGAGGCGCCGGCGCGCUUGGUGGGGUAUCCAGGCCGUCUCCGUCGCACUCGCGGCGCUUUGGGCUGCUGGGGGCCUUGGAAUCGUGGCAAGGGCCGGACCUGCCGAGGGCUGGCUUGCUACCGUCUAUGACAAUAUCUACGUCGCCAUAGGUCACUGA